AGGGUUUCUGGGAGACGACCCUUGGGGUCUCGGGUAAGGGGCGCAGGUGGCCGCCAUCUUGAGUUGGGAGCCUGGUCUCUAUACUCAUCGCUAGGGGCGGAGUGGUGGACCCACUGAUACCGCAGCAGACGCCGAAGCCGGGGACUGGGAAGUAGCGGCGCUGGAUAGUGCCACAUUAAUGAGUAAGUGGGAGUGACACAGACCAGAUUGGAUGCCAUGGCUAGUCCAGGGAAGGAUAACUAUAGAAUGAAAAGUUACAAGAAUAAAGCCCUAAAUCCCCAAGAGAUGCGUAGACGAAGAGAAGAAGAAGGAAUACAGCUUCGAAAACAAAAAAGGGAAGAACAGUUAUUCAAACGCAGAAAUGUCUCUUUGCCCAAAAGUGACGAAUCUAUGUUAGAAAGUCCUAUCCAGGAUCCAGAUAUCACUUCCACUGUACCCAUUCCAGAGGAAGAAGUUAUUACCACAGAUAUGGUUCAGAUGAUUUUUUCUAAUAAUGCUGAUCAACAGCUAACAGCAACACAGAAAUUUAGAAAGCUGCUUUCUAAAGAACCUAAUCCACCAAUUGAUCAAGUUAUACAGAAACCAGGAGUUGUACAGAGAUUUGUAAAAUUUCUUGAAAGAAAUGAAAAUUGUACAUUACAAUUUGAAGCUGCAUGGGCAUUAACUAAUAUAGCUUCUGGAACUUUUCUGCAUACCAAAGUAGUUAUUGAAACUGGGGCUGUUCCAAUUUUUAUCAAACUUCUUAAUUCAGAGCAUGAAGAUGUUCAAGAACAAGCUGUUUGGGCACUUGGUAAUAUUGCUGGUGACAAUGCAGAAUGCAGAGAUUUUGUUUUGAAUUGUGAAAUACUUCCGCCUCUUUUAGAGUUAUUAACAAAUUCAGACAGACUUACAACCACCAGAAAUGCUGUAUGGGCCCUCUCAAAUUUAUGUAGAGGGAAAAAUCCUCCUCCAAACUUUAGUAAGGUUUCACCUUGCUUAAAUGUGCUGUCACGAUUGUUGUUUAGCAGUGACCCAGAUGUAUUAGCAGAUGUGUGUUGGGCCCUUUCAUAUCUCUCUGAUGGACCUAAUGAUAAAAUUCAAGCAGUCAUUGAUUCUGGAGUCUGUCGAAGAUUGGUGGAACUUUUGAUGCACAGUGAUUAUAAAGUUGUAUCACCUGCAUUAAGAGCAGUUGGUAAUAUUGUGACUGGUAAUGAUAUUCAAACACAGGUAAUUUUGAAUUGCUCUGCAUUACCCUGUCUCUUACACUUAUUGAGUAGCUCAAAGGAGUCAAUCAGAAAAGAAGCCUGCUGGACUGUUUCAAACAUCACUGCUGGAAAUAGAGCUCAGAUUCAGGCUGUUAUAGAUGCAAAUAUUUUUCCUGUUUUGAUUGAGAUUCUUCAGAAAGCAGAGUUUCGUACCAGGAAAGAAGCAGCUUGGGCUAUAACUAAUGCAACAUCAGGAGGCACUCCAGAACAGAUAAGGUAUUUGGUAGCCUUAGGCUGCAUUAAACCACUUUGUGACCUAUUGACUGUUAUGGACUCUAAAAUAGUCCAAGUGGCUUUAAAUGGACUUGAAAAUAUUUUACGUCUUGGUGAACAAGAAUCUAAGCAGAAUGGAAUAGGUGUUAAUCCAUACUGUGCCCUCAUUGAAGAAGCAUAUGGUCUGGAUAAAAUUGAGUUUCUGCAAAGCCAUGAAAAUCAGGAGAUUUACCAAAAGGCUUUUGAUCUGAUUGAACAUUACUUUGGUGUAGAAGAUGAUGACCCCAGCAUUGUACCUCAAGUGGAUGAAAACCAACAACAGUUUGUAUUUCAGCAGCAGGAAGCACCAAUGGAAGGGUUUCACCUUUAACUUGGUAGAAGGAAAAAUAAUGGCCAAAAAAGGUAGCUUCAGAUAACUCCCCUUCCUUGUGAUAUCAGUGGGAAUAUUUGAUUGAUUUUUUUGUUGUUGUUUUUUUGUUUUUGGGGUGGUUUUGGU